AUGGGCUUUUGCAGUGAUGGGCCGGGCUUGGGCCUAAAAGUGAGGCCUGAUGCAUGGCGCUGUGACGCCGUCAACCACGAGUGGUCUGCUGCGAGCGGUAGAGCCGCCGCUGCCGAAUCGUCCGCAAGGGGAGCUCCAUCUUCCUCGACCCUUUGUGUUGUCCGUCGGGCUGCUACACGGGACCUCGAUUUUGUGUCUGCUAUCAUUGCCGAUCUGUGCAGCUGCGCGUGCUCCUACCUCUGCAUCUCCAUCGUGUUGCCCGUGUACAAGGAUUCAGCCGGCCGGCCGAUUAGUUGGAGGUCCGGUUGGUCUGCAAGGCUGAUUGAUUCAUAUUGGUACGUGUAUCUAGCAAAUCAUCUACUAGUGCUUGUUCCAUACGAUUUGGAUUUGGCACAGUUGUGCAGUACUACCAGUUCAGCUCCAGGAUUCGACUCUCGGAAGGAUCUUCAUCCUCCCAGGGUUCCUCUAAACCAGAUUCCAGCCACAUUGCCGCUUGUCACCAAGGAGUUGGGAACAGGGAGAUUGUUGGGGACUGGGACGGAGCAUGAGGGGCUCUACUAUCUUGAUGAAGGAAGUGAUGAAGCUGUGCUUGCAUCCUCUUUGUCUCCAAGCCAAGUUAUUGUUGCAUCAUCGCAGGCUUGGACACCUCUCUUUUGCUGUUAUGUCUCGCAUUUGUCCGACGCUUUUUAAAUUAUGUACUAGAGAGUCCUUAGUUUGUGAUGCAUGUGAACUAGGUAAACAUACUAGAGGAUCUUAUCCCAGCAUGGGUCUAAGAAGUAAGCAACCUUUUGAUGUCAUCCACUCGGAUGUAUGGGGACCCUGUGAGGUCCAUUCAAUCUCUGGACAUCGAUGGUUUGUAACUUUCAUUGACUGUUUUAGUCGAUAUACUUGGCUCUACCUUUUGAAGCGAAA